UCUAUUUUUUUCAUUCUCUCUCUACAUCUUUUUGUCUUUAAAUUAAUCGAAAUAUCAUAAAUCGUUUGUGGGUUUUCUUAGUUAUGAUAUUGGGUAUCAAAAAGUUAUAAUCUUUUGCAUCUGGGAGGAACCCUAGUUAUAUAUAUAUUUUGGGGGCUAUAUAUAUAUUUAUAUAUAUUUUUAGGGUUUCCAUUAUCGAUGGAGAUUGGUUCAGAAGGAGAAAGCAAUCGGAAUAUGAAUGAUGUAAAUAAUACUAAUAAUAAUAAUGGUCAAUCUGAUGGAUCCAAGAAACCUAAGCGCCAGAUGAAGACCCCUCAACAAUUGUUAAUGCUUGAACAAACUUAUGCUUCUGAGAUGUAUCCAUCUGAGGCGAUAAGGGCAAAAUUGUCGGAAGACUUGGGGUUAACAGACAGGCAGUUGCAAAUGUGGUUUUGUCACCGACGGUUGAAAGAUAAAAAAGAAGGGGAUAAAAAAGAAGGGACUCCAAAGAGGGCGAUAGGUGAAGGGUCGGGUGGAGAACGGACGGAGUUAAUGAAUUCAUCUAGACAAGGUAUGAUGGUGGUUGACCGUGGUGGUGGUAGUGACCAUGGUUCACGGUCGAGGUCGCGCCAUGAGUCAUGGUCGAGGUCUGGAUCAGGUUCGGGUUCGGAAUCAGAUUCUAGUCAGUUUGAGGAACCGGUGGUGCAUAGCAGGGCUUAUGAGUUGACACAACAGAAGAUGAUGAUCAGAAGGAUAAUUGAGUGUGUAGAGGUGCAACUUGGUGAAUCAUUGAGGGAAGAUGGACCGGCUCUUGGAAUAGAGUUUGACGAGCCACCACCAGGUGCAUUUGGUUCACCAAUAGUGGUGAAAAAGCGUCACAGUCAAGCUAGGCAUUCAUAUGAUGGAAGUUUAUUUGAGCAGCCUGAUCCGCGCCCAAUAAAAGUUGAUGCUGUGAAUUUCCAGGAGCCGGUUGCUCAUAAUAUAAAACAUGAACUAUAUGGAUCUGUUUCUGGAUUAUAUGAUUCGCCAGUUGUCUACCCAAGUGACCAAAGAUUGGUUCUUCAAAACGGGUUGCCGCCAGCUUAUGCUGCUCCAGGACAGCUCAAGGGUGCUAGCUUAUUGAUGCCAAAAGGGGAAAUGGGACAUCUACCAUCACCUAUGAAUGAUAACGAUUUCAUUCAACCCAAUGAAGAAGUUUUGCAAAUGUGGAGGAAACGCAAGAGUGAUGAUGGUGUCCCUGGAAGGGAAGGCCAUUCUGAAAAGAGGAUGAAGAAAGAGCUUGAGAAAAAAGAUCUGUUGAGGAAAAAGAUGGAAGAGCAAAUUAAAAGAGAAAUGGAAAAGCAGGACCGUGAGAGGCGGAAGGGAGAAGAAAGGUUAUUGCGAGAAAGACAACGGCAAGAGGAAAGAUUUCAACGUGAGGAAAGGCGGGAAAUGGAAAGGCGAGAGAAGUUUUUGCAGAAGGAAUCUUUAAAGGCUGAGAGACGAAGGCAGAAAGAAGAGCAACGUAAAGAGAGGGAAGCGAUAAAACAAAAGGCUGCUGCAGAAAAAGCAGCAGCACGGAAAAUUGCUAAAGAAUCUAUGGAGCUUAUAGAGGAUGAGCGUCUUGAAUUGUUAGAGUUAGCUGUAUCUGGAAAAGGGUUGAAUUCAAUUGUUUCACUCGACUAUGAAACUUUGCAAAAUCUUGAUUCAUUUCGAGAUCUCUUGUGUGUGUUCCCACCAAAGUCUGUGCAAGAGCGAUUAAAAAGACCAUUUUCCAUUCAUCCUUGGAUUGACUCUGAAGAAAAUGUUGGAAACCUUCUCAUGGUUUGGAGAUUUUGCAUGACGUUUGCUGACAUUCUUGGGCUUUGGCCCUUUACCCUUGAUGAGUUUGUUCAAGCUCUCCAUGAUUAUGAUUCAAGAUUAUUGGGAGAGGUUCACAUUGCUCUUCUAAGGCUGAUUAUAAGAGAUAUUGAAGAUGCUGCAAGGACACCCUCUGGUGGUCCCGGAACCAAUCAGUACACGGUUGCUAAUCCUGAAGGUGGUCAUCCCAAGAUUGUUGAAGGGGCUUAUAACUGGGGCUUUGACUUACGCAAUUGGCUUAAACAUCUAAAUCCAUUAACAUGGCCUGAAGUACUUCGACAGUUUGCUUUAUCUGCUGGAUUUGGACCUCAGCUGAAGAAAGAUACAACUAAAUGUUCGGGCUUGACUGAAAAUGAUGAGGGUAAAGGCUGUGAGGAGGUAAUUACCAUGCUACGGAAUGGCUCAGCUGCCGAAAAUGCAGCUACAUUGAUGCAAGAAAAGGGGGUCCACCUUCAAAAAAAGUCUAGGCAUCGUAUGACUCCUGGAACGGUCAAGUUUGCUGCUUAUCAUGUUCUUUGUCUUGAGGGAAGCAAGGGCCUAAACGUCUUAGAACUUGCUGAUAAGAUUCAGAAAACUGGGCUCCGUGAUCUUACAUCAAGCAAAACGCCGGAUGCUUCAAUUUCUGUUGCUUUAUCAAGAGACCCUAUAUUAUUUGAAAGAAUAGCUCCUUCGACUUAUUGUGUUCGGCCUGCUUAUAGGAAGGAUCCUGCUACUGCCGAUGAAGUAAUUUCAUUGGCCAAAGAGAAAAUACAAACUUUCACAAACGGAUUUUUAGCUGGGGUCAACGUUGAGGAUGUUGAGAAAGAGGAAGAUUAUGAAGAGGUUGCGGAGGGUACCGAAAUUGAUGAUUUUGGUGCUUCAUCUACUAACAAAGACAACUUUUUCAGUGAAGAUGUCAAAAUGUCCGUUCACAAAGAUGUUGAUGCUGAUACGAAAACAGAUAUAAAAAAUGCUGGUGCUGGUGUGAGCAGCAUUGAUCAAGGAAAUAUUGAGAUAGAUGAAGGAAAAUUUGGAGAAACUUGGGUUCAAGGGCUUACAGAAGGAGAAUAUUCGGAUCUCUGUGUUGAGGAGCGUCUCAAUGCUCUUGUUUCUUUAAUUGGCAUUGCCAAUGAAGGAAACAUAAUACGUGUAGUUCUUGAGGAUCGGUUAGAUGCCGCAACUGCUGUUAGAAAGCAAAUGUGGGCAGAAUCCCAGCUUGAUAAAAGGCGUAUGAAAGAAGAAUUUAUAUCCAAAUUUCAAGAUUCUUCUUUCACGGUGACUGCAGAAGGCAGCCAAAGCCCGUUGAUUCCCAUUAUUGAUAAUAAAACUAAUGACGGGCAACUACAAACAGCUCCUGAUGGUUCCAUGGGCCAGACAACGGGUCAAAUUCAUAAUAGUGGAUAUAGUACGGCUGAAAGAGCAAGAUUGCAGUUGAAAGCUUUCAUUGGGCACAGAGCGGAGGAGAUGUAUGUGUACAGAUCGUUGCCGCUAGGCCAGGAUCGGAGGCGCAAUAGAUAUUGGCAAUUUGUUGCUUCUAGUUCCAGGCAUGAUCCAGGGUCUGGCAGGAUCUUUGUUGAACUACAAAAUGGUUGUUGGAGGUUAAUUGAUUCAGAAGAGGCAUUCGAUUCUCUUUUGUUAUCAUUGGAUACACGUGGUGCCCGAGAAUCUCAUUUGCACAUAAUGCUUCAAAAAAUAGAGAUGUCGUUCAAGGAGAACAUCAAAAGAAAUUCUAGGACUGCUGACCGAAGCUCCGAUAGCACAGCAUGUGUCUCUAGUUCCGAUUCAAUGGAACCAUCUCCAUCUUUUAACAUCGAACUUGCAAGGAAUGAAUUGGAGACAAAAAAUGCUAUGGGACGAUAUCAAGAUCUAGAGAAGUGGAUGUGGAAAGAAUGUUUAUAUUCAUCAAGUUUGGCUGCAAUGAUACAUGGGAAACAACGCUGCACCCCGCUGCAAGGAAUUUGUGAUUUUUGUCGUGCAACUUAUUGCCUGGAUAAAGCUAUUUGUCCCCGCUGCCAUAGGUCGUUCAGCACGUUUAAUGACAAAUUGAGAUAUCUUGAACCAGAAGGCGAUGUUAAUGUUGUUAAUACUAAUGACUGGGAUAUAAAUCAUCCAAUAAGAAUCCGAUUGAUCAAGUCUCUUUUAACAUUCUUGGAGGCUUCAGUUCCGUCCGAGGCCCUGCAAUCUUUGUGGACGGAUGACAAUAGGAAGACUUGGAGUUCAAAGUUGCAUGCUUCAUCGUUACCUUUGGAUCUUCUACAGGUUCUUACAUGGUUUGAGAGUGUUAUAAAACGUGACUUUUUGUCGUUGAACUUCGAGACGACAGAGGAACUGCUUGGGAUCUCUGGCUUAUCAGAAAAUGCUAGUUCAAGCUCGGGUUCGGUUCCUGUACUACCAUGGAUACCACAAACGACAGCUGCUGUGACCUUAAGGCUUCUAGAGCUUGAUGGCUUGAUCUCCUAUACUCCUGAACAAAAAGCCGAGCUUAAGAUGGGAGAUGAGUCGACCGAUGUCAUAGUUGAGAAAACUCCAUUGAAGUUCACAUUUCUGAAGAAUAUUGGGAAAACCCUAGACGCUGACCACAGCAAACCUCUGAAACUGCCUCGUAGUGGUGGUGGUGGACGUAGUCGUGGCGGUGGGAAGUUGCAGAAACGGGUGGCAGGUCCCAUAUCCAUCCCUGGAAGCAGCAGGCCAAACGUGACUUUUACAAUUAGUCAAGCUAUCAAACAACAAACACAUGGAACUGGCCGAAGAACAAUCAGAAGAAAAAGAAUUGACAAGCCUCCCGAAGAAGACCCCGUAAGGAACUUCAUUGUUGAAGAAUGGAUUCACAAUCCACAUGACAGAAUGGAAACCGACAAUGCUAAUUUUCAUGUCAGAGAAGAAGUAAGCGAAUCAGAUGAAGAUGGUGAGGGACAUCAAGUCAGGUUUGGAAUGGAAAAUGGAGAAAGUUCGGGGUAUGGUGUUGCAAAUAAUGAAAGUGGAUGGGGUGGAAAGGAAAUUAGCGACGAGGAGGGGUUUGAAGUUGAAGAAGAUGAAGAAGAGGAUGAAGAUGAGAUUAUGAACCAUGGUUAUGUAGACGGGAAUGUCAAUGAUGGAAGAAAUUUUAAUGCGGAUGAUUCAGAUUCUUUUGAUUCUGGUGAAUAUAGCGAUUGAAGCCUUAAAGCGAUCAAAAACGUUCUCUGUGCCAUUAUUAAUUAUCAAUUUUGAAGGUAGAAGAUGAUAACUAUUUUUUUUUUCUUAGUCAGCUUUUAGCUUUUAUACCGCAGUAAUUAGUCUCUGUUUCCUUUUUUGCAGAAUCAUGUAAGAAAUGAAAUAAACAUGUAGUCUUUAUAGUUGUGCUUUGUAAUCUUGAAAAAUAGCAAGUUAUUUUCUUCGUGUUC